ACCAUGUCUGACAAACCCUAUAUGGCUGAGAUUGAGAAAUUGGGUAAGUCAAAAUUGAAGAAGACAGCAACACAAGCAAAAAAUCCACUGCCUUCAAAAGAAACAAUAGAACAGGAGAAGCAAGCAGACACAUCCUAG